AUGAAUGGACUGACGGACAGGUGGAUGGACGGACGAACAAACGGAGAGACGGACAGAUGGAUCGAUGGACGGAUGGAGGGAGGGAGGCAAGGAGGGAAACAAGGAGGGAAGGAGAAGGAGCAGUUGUCGUUCCUGAUCGCCCUCUUCGUUCUGAUCGUCGUGGGCAACUCACUCGUCAUCUUCGUGAUCGCCAUGUCCAAGAACCGACGAUCCAGAAUGAACUUCUUCAUCCUCAACCUCGCCAUCGCAGACCUGUCUGCCGGCUUGGUGAACGUCCUCACAGACAUCAUCUGGAAGAGUACGAUCGAUUGGUACGGAGGGGACGUCGGCUGCAAGUUGAUACGUUACGGACAGGGCGUCGUCACCUACGCAUCCACGUACGCACUGGUUGCCCUUAGCGUCGACAGGCUUGACGUCAUCGCAAGACCGCUUAGAUUCAGUGGGAGUGAAUUUCGCUCGAAGGUUUUGGUAGCUCUUGCUUGGUCAUGCGCACUCGUGUUUUCCAUCCCCAUGCUGAUUAUUAACAAGCUUCAGGUCGUGGACGGGUCGACCCAGUGUUGGAUCGAGUUCCCGGAGUGGAUGUGGAAGUUGUACAUCACGUCUAUCGCCGUCGUGCUGUUCGUAAUCCCGGCCUUCGUCAUCGCCGUGUGCUACAUCAUCAUCGUGAUCAUCAUCUGGUCCAAGACGAGCAUGCAGAUGUCAUCGACGACGCCAUCAAAACGAAAAGACCGCUCACUUAGAAACGGAAGCCAUGUCGUAGCCUCCUCCAACAACAAGCGCUUCAAGGAAUGUGCCACCAGUUCAAGAGGGGUGAUACCAAAGGCAAAAAUUAAAACCAUCAAAAUGACACUAGUCAUUGUAUUAGUGUUUAUCUUCUGUUGGAGUCCGUACUUCGUGUUCGAUCUGCUGCACGUGUACGGCUCGCUCCACUCGCAGGAUCAGGAUAUCAUCGCCAUCUCGACCUUCAUCCAAAGCAUGGCGCCACUCAACAGCGCUGCCAACCCCAUCAUCUUCUUCGGCUUCAACUCCAACACCUGCAUGGGCAUCUUUAAGCGCAGCUUCAACCGCUACUCGCCAACGUCACAGACGCAGCUCACAAAGAUAUGACGUCAUAUAUGACAAAGAUAUGACGUCAUGUAUGACGAUAUACGUCAAAAUUACCCAUGAUGUCCUAAAUGUGCAGACGCAGGUAGCAGAAUAUGACGUCGAAAUCGAGUUUGGCCAAACAUCACGUCAGUUAUAUUGAUUUGCGUCCUGUUACCUUUCAUGACAUCAUAAAAGGAUGACGCAACAGAAAUAUUACAUUCUAAUUAUUAUGAUGGGAAGCAAAUGUUAGAAGGGCACACACCCAGGCUGAAACCGUAAUUAGUUCAAUUAAUUCCAAAUAUGUUUAUUGUAUGAAUGCACUGCUUAGUGUAGCGUAAAUUAAAAAUUGUAACCAAAAAAAGGAAUAUUUUGAAACGAACAUUUUAAAUUACAGUUAUUUGGUGUAAAAUAUGGCUGUGUGCGCGCGCGAGUGUGUGCGUGUGUGUGUGUGUGUGUGUGUGUGUGUGUGUGUGUGUGUGUGUGACUGUACACACAGACACAUGUAUAUACGUACACGUGUGUGUAUUGUGUGGGUGGGUGCUUGGAACUGCGUUAGUAGAUGAUAGUGUUAUAGGUACUAUUAUGAUUAUAUAUAGGAUAACAAACUCGGUAUCAGUUAUUAUCAAAUUUAUGUCCCAAGUGAAAACUAUUUCACGAGGGACAUAAAUUUGAUAAU